AAUAACAUAUCAGUGAUACUUUAGUUUACAGAGCAUUUGAAUAAAAUUCAGUCUGAUCUCAUCGAUGAUACUUUACCUGCCGAUUCUAAUAUGUGCCAUAUUCAAUUACAGCAUUUACAGUAUAUCAGAAAAGGUAUUCUAGAAUCAUCACUUCAUACAUUAAAUGCUGGCCAUAUUUUGCUGGAAGAAUUGCAUCAAGUAGGAGAAGAUAAUUUGGGUGAUGCUCGACCAAAUCAUGUUUAUCCUGCCGUCCAACAAGCCACGAGCAUAAUUGAAAAACACAUGGAAUUAUUGCAUGAUCAGAAAUACAGGAUAGAUAUAUUCUGGAAUAAAAGAAAACUGAUUCUUGAACAGUGCUUAGAAAUAUUCACUGUGUCAAGUGAAUUGGAACAGAUACAUAAUUUACUAAUAGAAAAAGUUCAGAACAGUAAAUUUAAUAAUGAAUUGGGUGAUUCAGUUACCACUGUGGAAAGACUCCAGAAGAAGCACAGUCAGUUAGAAAAUGAAAUUAAGAUACCUAAGAAAACUAAAACAAAUUAA